CGGCGUAUCUUCCGAUCUGAUCUCUGAAAAUGGAAGAAGUGAAGCUACUUGGAACCUAUGCCAGCCCAUUUCUUUGGAGAGUCAUCUGGGCUCUCAAGCUGAAAGGUAUCUCAUUUGAAUACAUAGAAGAGGACCUCUCCAACAAGAGUGAAUUACUCCUCAAGUCCAACCCAAUUCACAAGAAGAUCCCAGUUCUUAUUCAUAAUGGAAAACCAAUCGCAGAAUCCACCAUAAUUCUUGAAUACAUCGAAGAAACAUGGCCAGAGAACCCAUUGCUGCCCCAAGAUCCAUAUGAGAGAACCAUAGCUCGUUUCUGGACCAAAUUUGGAGAGGGCAAGAGCUUUGUGUUCUUUACAUUCUUUCGAACAGUUGGGGAAGAACAGGAGAAGGCAAUAAAGGAAAGCUUGGAAGCCCUGAAAACAUUAGAAGAACAUGGGCUUGAAGAGAAGAAAUUUUUCAAUGGUGAUGCUCUUGGAUUGACUGACUUGGCUUUGGGGUGGAUUAGUUUCUGGAUGGGAGUGAUGGAAGAGGCUGUAGGGGUGAAAUUGGUGGAGGAACAUUGCUUCCCCCGCCUGCAUACAUGGACUGAGAAUUUCUUGUCAGUCCCUGUGAUCAAAGAAAACCUGCCGGAUCGUGGCAAGCUGUUGGCCCAUUUCAAGAGACGAAGAGAAAUGUUAAUUGGUUCUUCUCAUCAUAAUCAUUAA